AUGACAACAGUGACGAAAAGUGUUUACGACGAUUUCUCAGCUCUAACACCACUUCGGUCAGCUCGAGUGAUUGUUGAAGGUCGUCCAGUGUAUGUGAAUCCUGGUUGGCUUGCCGAAUUUUCAAAUUUUUUCUCCACAAUGUUUUCCGGUAAAAAUGCGGGUGAAGAUUUAACUCUCAGCGUUGAAGUCAGCUACGAACAUUUUAUCGAAUUACUGAGAGUUGUGUGUUAUUGUCCUACUCGCAAGCCUAUAACAAGUUAA